UAGUAGCGUUUUUGACACUUUUAUCACUGAAAUUGACUCAGCCUUGAGCUUUCACCUCUCUAUGUUAGAAAGAAAAAAAAAAAACUGUAGAUUGUGUAGAUCCUCUCCCAUAGUCCCAUCUCAAGCAACAAACCUAACAUACCAUAAAACCCAAAUCACAAAUUAAAAACAGAAUUUUUUAAUUUAUUAUCUCUUUUCUCUUUUAAUUUCCUCUUUUUUAUUUUUUUAAAAAGAAAACAAAAUAGAGAGCGAUAUGGAAUUUGACGAGCACGAAGACCAAGAGGAAGAGGAAAUGGGGAUCCCGGAGCCGCCGCCUGCGCCGCAGGGUUAUGACUCGUUUGGAAACUCGGCGGCGAGGUCCAAAUCAGAAGGAGGAGGAGGAGGAGCUGCCGCCGUGACACCUGGUCGGAAAGGUGGAACCGCCGUCAGGUACAGAGAAUGUCAGAAGAAUCACGCGGUCAGUAUCGGCGGCCACGCCGUUGACGGUUGCUGCGAGUUUCUAGCCGCCGGAGGGGAAGGAACACUGGAGGCCGUGAUCUGCGCUGCCUACCACCAACACCAUCAAUUCUCCCCUUACUACCACCGCGCACCGCCUCCUCCUACCGGCGGAUACCUCCACCUGUCAACUCCGCCGGUGUCGCAGCACCGGCCUCUAGCUCUUCCAGCAGCCGCAUCAGGCGGCGGUGGAUUCUACAAAGAGGAAGAAGACAUGUCAAACCCUAGCAGCAGCGGCGGCGGCGGCGGCGGUAGCGGAAGCGGAACAAAGAAGAGGUUUAGAACGAAAUUCACACAGGAGCAGAAGGAUAAGAUGCUUGCAUUCGCAGAGCAGUUAGGGUGGAGAAUCCAGAAGCAUGAUGAAUCUGCAGUUGAGAAUUUCUGCGCUGAAACCGGUGUUAAGAGACAUGUUCUCAAGGUUUGGAUGCAUAACAAUAAGCACACUCUCGGUAAGAAACCCUAAUUCCCCCCUCUGAAUGCAAGAUAGUGUUUGCAUGUGCGAGAAAGAAACAUUGUAAUCUGAAAUUUCAAUUGAUGAGAGAUCUAGCUAGCUAGGGUUCGUUCUUGUUAAUUAUUAGUUAUUUCUUUUUUAAUUUAUGUGAUGAGACUUUUAAUUAGUUCAGUUGUUGGCUGCUCAUGA